AUGGAGUCGCCCGGUGCAUAUCCCGAGUCUCCGACGGAACAGGACGAUGUCGUCUACCCAUGCAAGGGCUGUGGAGAGAUUUUGGAAGAGGGCAAAGCAUUCGAACUUGCCGGCAAUCGCUGGCACAUCGACUGCUUUCGCUGCAAUACCUGCGGAACUCUCCUCGACUCGGACGCGAAUCUCCUCCUCCUCGGCGACGGAUCGCUCAUCUGCAAUAACUGCACCUACAGCUGCAAUGCGUGCGGCAACAAAAUCGAGGACCUCGCCAUCUUGACCGGUGAUCAAGCUUUCUGCUCUGGUUGCUUUAGGUGUCGUAACUGUAAGAGGAAGAUCGAGAACCUACGAUACGCGCGCACGUCACAAGGCAUAUUCUGUAUGAGCUGUCAUGAGAGUCUAAUGGCGAGGCGAAGAAAGAAAGCGCGGACACCCAAGGCAGCAGCUGGAUCAUCGGGCGCGCCAGAAAAGGCUCUACCAUCGCUGCCUCCUGCGUCGCCCAGAGACAGACUGUCCAACUCGCGCAAUGGUGCGUCAGCCAGUAAGUAUCAGCGCGAUGUGCCGCCAUUGUCCGACGGUGCGCGUCGAGAUGGGUUCACAGGCGUUCCGUGGCUGAAACGACUGACACUAACUGACGCAACCUCAGAUGGUCCCACACUGCCUGCCAGUACCUACAACGAGGUUCGACCUUCGAAUGCCGCAUCGCCAUCGACCGAGGACGAGGACGGCUCGGAGCAGGGAUUCCUCCCCAUGGCCUUCGACCCCACCCCUGUCGCCGCUCCGCAGCUCAAGUCUGGGUUCGGCAGCGGAACGGCGGCAUCGUCAAGAUCGGUGUCCACAGAACGAGAGCAAGAGCGCGCUGCUGCGAAGCCUAGCCCUCACGUUCUGCAGCAAGACAAGGGACGACACUCGACGAAGAAUACUCCUGCACUGAGCGGUGGCUCGCCUCUGGUAUCGAAUGGUCAAGACAAAGCAGGCAAAUCCAGAGUUUCCACGGACACCUUCACAUUGCAAGAGGCGCCGAAAGCAAAGAAGGGAUCUUCUCGACGCAAUUCGAAAGGAGGCGUAGGCGACUCACUUGCUACGGCUGCAGCUGCCGCGACGCGACUGCAGCAAGCUACUCAUGAUUCAUCAUUGCAAGCAACCUCAGGACAUGAGCGGAACAAAUCUACUGGUUCGAUCAAGCUACAACUAGCAGAUCCGCAAAGACCGCGGAUGAGCGCUGACGGGCUUCCAUUGAGAUCGGCGAACAGACCAAGUGCUCCCAGCAAGUCCGUCGCCAACGACGAUUUCAUCACUCCUCGACACGCGCCUCCACCGCCUGCUGGCGAGCGACAUCGACACAAUGAUUCUAUCAGUACCCUGCAGAGCGAAGAUCGUCCUUCCAUCGAUGGUCACAUGGGACUGCACGGUGCAGGUCUUCCGAAGUACAGUCUUGAUGGUGGAUUCUCCAUGGACGAUGAAAUGGGUAGAAUCCUACGUGGCGAGCAAAGUCAGGAGCCCGGACAAACAUCCUCGCCUUCGGUCUUGCGCCGCGUCUCCAACGCCGUGAAGCAUGGCAGGAGUUUCAGCGAUCGAGCAGCCACUACGACUAAAUCUCCCAACGCCGAUUCAUCCGAGAUCAGCUCACCGAGCAUCACGUCGCCUACUUCAGCAGAUGGUCUGGAGUCGCUGCGCACAUCCUUACGACGAGCGCAGAAUCACAUCGCGGAGCUGGAGUCUGAGAAACUUUCACUGCAAGACAAACUCGACGGUUCCAGCGAGAUCAAAGCCGUGAACAACGAGCUCAAUGCAAAGCGCAAUACCAUGGCAUUCUUGGACACCCAACGAGAGAUGGUCGUGCGCGAAUUGGAAAUCAUGACAGAACAUCUUAGCAAAGCCAAGGACAACAACCAACCUUUGGAUCUGGCUUCAUUAAAGACGAGCAUUCUCAAGGACUUUGCCGAAUCUCUCCAGAAGCUGAAGCAGAACAUGAGCUCAGAGAUAGAGGAUCUCAUGCACAAGCGCAGCGAGCUGACUGAUGAGAUUGGCAACCUCAUUCAGAUGAAAGACAAGGGUUUCCAGGAAUACGAAACGCUGUCGAGUAAGAACGCGCAACUGGUUCACCACAACAACGAACUGCUCCGGAACAUCCAGGGUGUGUAUCAGGACAACCGUGUGGCGAAUGGUGCGGAUAAAUCUACCAAUGGUCUGGGUAUCUUCCACCCGUCUGCGAAGGUCGAAACUCCCGGCAGCCAGUCGGAGAUGCGAAAUCUCAACCUCGUCAACACGGAUCCAUCAAUGCCGAAUCUGCUGCAUGAUACAGAAGCCGAGCCAGCUGCAGUUCUGACGGCGCCACAAGUCGUGAACAUCCGCAAGGGCGCAAAGCCAAACAAAUUCAACUGGCGACGAGGCGGCGAAAAAAUCACGGGUACCCUGACCAAGGGCAUCAAGGGCGCCUUCGUGAAUAACGAGAAGGGCCAAGGCAACUACUCGAUUGGAAUGCCGUACAACAACUCUCAUCAGGCUAUGGGAUCCGACUUUGGCUUGUUUCCACAAAAGAACGGCGGCGCUACGCACCUGAAGAACAACAGCAGCAGCAAUCUUGUCAUCGGCAACGAUCCUUCCGUCCUCUUCGGCUCCGAGUUGUCCGCCCGCUGCGCCUUCGAGAAGCUGCCCGUUCCCAGCAUCGUAACUCACUGUAUCACUCAGGUCGAAGCGCGUGGUAUCUCCGUCGAAGGCGUGUACCGCAAAUCCGGCGGCGCCGGCCAAGUCAAAAUCGUCCAAACCGGUUUCGAAAAGGACGCCAACUACGACAUCUCCGACGAGGACCUCGACAUCCACGCUGUGACCUCCGCGCUGAAACAGUAUUUCCGCAAACUCCCCACGCCGCUUAUCACCUACGAUGUCUACGACCUCCUACUCGAAGCGGGCCAGGUCGGCAAGGACGGUGGCGCGGCUGGCAAGGAGAAGCAGACGCUCGCGUUGAGAGCUGCGGUGGAUGAGUUACCGGAAGCGCAUCGCGUCACGUUGAGGACGCUUGUCCGCCACUUGACCAAGGUCAUGGCGUACGAGCCGCAGAAUUUGAUGACGCCGUUGAACUUGGCGGUGGUGUUUGCACCGACGAUUAUGCGCCCGUUGAGCAUUGAAAGGGAGAUGACGGACAUGCAAAGUCAGAGGACGGCGGUGCAGGCGAUGUUGGAGUUGAGUAAGGGGAUCUUCGAGGAGGGAGAGUGA